AUGCAGCGCCAACCGUGUCAUGAACGCAGAACCUCAACCGCUGAACGACCUGCGGUUUCCGCAGAGAAUCAGAGAGUCCUCAAUUACAUCGAGAACAGCUUCAACAGCAUUCUACGUGAAAUCAGACUCCGGCCGCCCGGCAAACCUGUCCUCGUGCUAAAGAGGAUCGUUGCGGUCAAGCCAUACUAUGACAAUGACGAUCUCCAGCGAGUGAAAUGUGACAUCGAGAGCCGCGAGGUCCGUUACCAUUUCCCAGGGAAGAACGAAGAUGAGGCAUGGAGGUUUACUUGUGUCGGUCGGAUAUUGGGAGAGAUACACACUGCCAUCAGGCAAGGCAUCACUGUCACCAAGAGCAGAGAUAUCUAUUAUCACGACCCGGCGCUAUUCAAGCAGCAAGAGACCGUGGAUCGAUAUCUGGACGACAUCGCAUACACAUGUCGAGUCACCAGAAGAGACUUGAACGUGAGCGCUAGCCCCAAAGGCCUCAUCGCCGGACUUCAGCCCACACUCCCAGGACAGCGAGAAGCAAUUCAUAUCCCUGAUGAUCGAACCACGUUGCCCGGAAUCUCGCACAUCCGAUGGAUUCUCGUCAUCGAGAAAGAGGCCACGUUCAGAUCUCUGGUAGAAAUGGGACUCCAUCAGCACUCAAAAUUUGAGCCCGGAUUGCUUGUAACGGCCAAAGGGUACCCCGAUGUUGCAACUCGCUACUUCUUGCGCUUUGUCCUUGACCACGCUCACCCACCGAUCCCGAUAUUUGGGUUGUUUGAUUGGGAUCCAGAUGGGAUCCAGAUCCUGAAAUGCUACCUGUAUGGAUCAAAAAAUCUUGCGCAAGAACACGCCUCCAUAAUUCCAGAGAUGGUCUGGAUCGGGCUCAAAGCCGAAGAUAUCCACGCAUCCGGACCCGCCCAUGGCGUUUUAUUGCCUCUAUCGAUGCGGGAUAGAGCACUUGCGGUGUCCAUGUUAGGCAGCGCGGAGUGGCGUGAUGGAGAGGGCGAGGUACUGUCAGGUCUGCAGGAGUGUACUGCUCAGCUCCAGCGAAUGCUAAAGUUGGGCCGAAAGGCUGAGAUCCAGAUACUAGACCAUGGAGAGGGCGGGCUUGAACGAUGGUUGAUCACAAAGCUGAGAGAUGGCGUGGAGCACUUGAGUGUGUAA